AUGGGUUUUGACUGGUGGACCACUUGGUGGAUAAGGAAGGGGCUGGAUGGCUGGGCUCAAAAAAGAGCUGGGGUCAAGGGCUUGAUGUCAAAGUGGAGACCAACGGUGCUGCUUUGUGGUGUAAUUGUUAUGCGUCCAGAUGAUCCACUUAGGUUUUUAGAAGAAAAGCUCAGAGAAAUAAUGGAAAAGGGACUAGAUGCUGUCACGUGGUAUAUGUGUAUUGAUCUGUCUUUACACCCCAAAUUAAAGAAGAUUUCAGAAACUUGCCUGAACACUAUUUUUGGACUAGAUGGUGGACAACUGAUGACUGGAGAGUUAUGUACCAAAGCAUGGGACUUUUACAGCAGAAACUUAAUGAAGCUGUAUUUUGGAGGAUGGAUGAAAUAUAACCUGCUGAGAAAGAACAAAAGAAAAAAGGCAAAGCAGAAGAUGGUUCUAGCAAUAGGCCAUUAUAACAUCCAAAUAUUAAGAAUAAUUAUACAGAACUGGAGCACGUGGGUGCAGAUUCACAAGGAAAAAACGACGUUGGCAACAAAGAAACUGCAACAGAUCUUUAACAAGACAUAUUUAAGUUCUGUUUUGAGAGCUUGGUGUGAAGAGGCCCACAGUUCUUUGAAAACAAAAGCAUAUUUUGAGAGCUUGGCAAUGGAAAGUCAGACAGGCUGUUUUGAAUCAAGUGAUCUUACUGCCAAACAUAAACCAUCCCAUUUACCAGAAAAAGCCUUAUUACAGGUUUUCCGUUAUGUAAACUUAGUUGAUCUGGCAAGAUGUGCUCAAGUUAGCCAGACAUGGAUGCUGCUAACUCAGAACAGUUCAUUAUGGAGUGAUAUCAACUUUUCAUCAGUGAAGCAUAAAGUUCAGGACCAAACAGUAAUAAAUAUUUUGCAGAAGUGGUGUCCGUAUGUAUUACGUUUGAAUCUUCAAGGUUGCCAUUCUCUUCACUGGCCUAGCUUUAAAAGUAUCUGUGAAUGUAAGAAUUUACAAGACUUAAAUCUCUCUGAAUGCCAGGGAGUAAAUGAUGAAUCCAUGAGACUCAUAUCAGAAGGCUGCAGAGCUCUUCUCUAUUUAAAUCUGUCGUAUACAGAUAUUGCUAAUGGAACACUACGAUUAUUGUCAAGCAGCUUCCCCAAUUUACAGUAUCUGAGUUUAGCUCACUGCAGAAAAUUCACAGACAAAGGUUUACUGUACCUGGGCUCUGGAAAAGGCUGUCACAAACUCAUCUGUUUGGACCUUUCAGGUUGCAUUCAG